UAGCCUGCCAGCCCUAAAGCAAAGCCACACUCGCCCUGCUUGCUCUCGCAAACCACACACACCGCCGCUAGCUACUAGCAGCUAGCUAGCCCUCUGAUCAGUAGCCGUGCAGGCACGCACGUAGCUAGCUCGCGACAGAUCAUCGACAAUGCAGUACGGCGCGGCGGCGGAGCAGGCGUGGUACAUGCCGGCGGCGGUGGUGGCGCCGGCGGAGACGGCGGCGGAGCGCGUGGAGCGGCUGGCGUCGGAGAGCGCGGUGGUGGUGUUCAGCGUGAGCACCUGCUGCAUGUGCCACGCCGUGAAGCGGCUCUUCUGCGGCAUGGGCGUGCACCCGGCGGUGCACGAGCUGGACCUCGACCCGCGGGGCCGCGAGCUGGAGCGCGCCCUCGCCUGCCUCCUCGGCGCCGCCGCCGCACCCGGGGCCGCUGCGGCGGCGGCGCCGCCACCGGUCGUGCCCGUCGUGUUCAUCGGCGGCAGGCUGGUCGGCGCCAUGGACCGCGUCAUGGCCGCGCACAUCAACGGCUCCCUCGUGCCGCUGCUCAAGGAGGCCGGCGCGCUCUGGCUCUGAGCUAUCGAUCGAGCUCUCCCGACGCUCGCGCCGCUAGCUGCCAUUGCGUGCCGUCGUCGGAGCUAGUUAACUGUCGUAGGGCAGAUUAAAGUAAUACAUUACCAUCCACAGUAGAGUGAGUGCUUGUGUGUGUUUGUGUUUUAGAGAGAGAGGUCGGUGAAUUUUUUUACUGAUGCUGCCUCCGUCUUGUGUGUGGGAGCGAGUGUGUGGUAGAGUUGGCACGUGCUCGCAUGCUCAAACGUACGAGUGUGCGCGAUGCUUGCUAGAUGCAAGGAGAGAUGUGGCUGUUUAGUGUCAUCAAUCUCUUCGACCUUAUUAAUCUGCAGUUUGGCUUGCCUUAUUACUUUUCA